CGGGCCCGGCAGAGCCGGCGGCGCGAGGCGCUGAGGAGAACCCGGGGCGCGAGCGGGGCGGCCGCCGCCGCAGAGCCGAGCGAGCGGAGUCCGGCGGCAGGGCACUAUAUUCGUAUGCCCGGUGGAACUCAGACUUGGAAAUGCUGACAACAGGCUUCAAAGACAGCUGAGCCCCACGAGACACCAAGAAAGCCCAUGGCUCUGGCUGCGUCUCUCAACAUGAGCAGCCCACAGCCUGCCCCAGGAGGAGGAAUUUCCGAGGUGGAGAUCAUCUCCCAACAAGUGGACGAGGAAACCAAGAGCAUUGCUCCUGGGCAGCUGGUGAACUUUGCCUAUCGGGACUUGCCCCUGGCCGCAGUCGACCUCUCCUCCGCGGGCUCGCAGCUGCUGUCAAAUCUGGACGAAGACUACCAAAGAGAAGGGUCCACCUGGCUGAAGCCGUGCUGUGGGAAGAGAGCAGCCGUGUGGCAGGUAUUUUUGCUCAGUGCCAGUCUCAACAGUUUCCUGGUAGCCUGUGUAAUAUUGGUGGUGAUCCUCCUGACUCUGGAACUUCUAAUAGAUAUAAAGCUUCUCCAGUUUUCCAGUGCUUUCCAGUUUGCCGGCGUGAUUCACUGGAUCAGCCUGGUCAUCCUCUCCGUGUUCUUCUCAGAGACUGUUCUCCGGAUUGUGGUGCUUGGGGUCUGGGAUUACAUCGAGAACAAAAUAGAGGUGUUUGACGGGGCCGUGAUCAUCCUGUCCUUGGCCCCCAUGGUGGCCUCUACUGUGGCCAACGGGCCCCGGAGCCCCUGGGACGCCAUCAGCCUCAUCAUCCUGCUCCGUAUCUGGAGGGUGAAGAGGGUCAUUGAUGCCUACGUCCUGCCUGUGAAGGUGGAGAUGGAGAUGGUCAUCCAGCAGUACGAGAAGGCCAAGGUCAUCCAGGAUGAGCAGCUGGAGAGGCUGACGCAGAUCUGCCAGGAGCAAGGGUUUGAGAUCCGGCAGCUGCGGGCGCACCUGGCGCAGCAGGACCUGGACCUGACAGCGGAGCGGGAGGCGGCGCUGAGGGCACCACAGGUGCUCCGCCGGCCGCGCAGCCGCUACCAUGUGGUGGAGGAGGCGGCAAACGAGGGCUUCAUGGAGGAGCUGCAGCCUUCACCAGCGAGCCUCAGCAUCCCACCCCAGAGCGACACCAGGCCAGCAGGCCUGGGCCUUCCCUGUGCCCAGCAGAGCUCCAUUUGGAAGAGGAGACCGUGUGGCAGCGAAGAUAGCGGAGUCCCAGAGCCAGCCAUGUGCCUGGUCACCACGGCUGCCGUAGACAUCCACCAGCCCAACGUCUCCUCUGACCUCUUCUCGGUGGACGUGCCCCUGAAGCUCAGCGGUAAGGGCACCCGCGUGAGCUCCACCUCCGAGAGCGCGUCCUGCUCCACUGGCAGCUCGGUCCCGGAGGCCCAGAGCGACAGCAGCACCCUGUGCUCUUCUAGGGAUGGCAGCACCGCCCGUGACAUUUCUUCCGAGCCCAGCCCCUCUCCCCUGCCACUGCCACCACCACCCCAGCAGCAAAUGACGGAGCCCACAGUCCAGGACCUGCUGUCCUCCCUGUCAGAGGACCCCUGCCCAUCCCAGAGGGCCUUGGACCCAACCCCCUCAGCCCAGCCCAGCCCAGCGGGCUCUGCCCAAACCAGCCCGGAGCUGGAGCGCAGGGUGAGUCUGUUCAACCAGAAGAACCAGGAGGGCUUUCCCGUCUUUCAGAUCCAGCCUGUCAUCCACUUCCAGCCAGCUGCGCCCACGCUGCACAAAUUCAGAUCUUUGGAAUCCAAAGAGCAGACACUGCACAGGGUCCCUGAAGCCUAGAGCCGCUGGGUGGGAGAAGGGCACACAGUUGGGGCCACGUGUAGGACCCAGGAGCCCACCUGGCCUCUCAGGGUGCUGCCCGCCUCCAGGGAGGUGAUACCGGGAAAGGAGGACACAUGCCUCAGACCUCAAAGCCCAGAGCUGGUGCCUCCUCUGGCCCUGACCAGGGGAAGGUGGUGCUCAUGGCUGGGUUUUUAAACCAUUUUUACAAAACCAGCCUGAGGCCCAGCUUCAGCAGGGUGGAGUCCAGGCCCAGCUCAGCCUCUGCCGUUGCCUUCAUUCCUGAUGCCCACCCUGGACCCUCGGGAAUAGCACUGUGAGCAGGGGCUGUCCAGCCCCCACCCCCCCCAAGCCCUCCCGUCCAGGAAUCCUGGGUGGAGCCCACACAAUCUCACGAAGACCACCAUCUGAGCCUAUUUUGUUCCUUCUCAUUCUCUCACUUCCGCAUGAGCCUUUCUGGGUCUUUUCGAGACAAACCUAGUUUUCACCUUCACAGGACAUAAAGGGAUGAAUUUGCAGGUGGAUGGGAAUGUCCUAGGGGCAGGGGACAGCCAUUUUGCAAACUCAGCUUUAAUAAUAAAA